AUGGGACGCCUGUGGCUUUGGGGGGCCUGGGGCUUCUGGGGGCUGCUGCUGUGCGCCGCGGACCCCCGCGCAGAUGGCUCUACAAUAAUUCCUAAAGUCACAGAAAUAAUACCUAAAUAUGGCAGCAUAAAUGGAGCAACAAGACUGACUAUCAAAGGAGAAGGUUUUGCCCAAGCACACGAGUUUAACUAUGGCGUUGACGAUGCUGAGUUGGGGAACUCUGUACAAUUAGUUUCUUCUUUUCGAUCCAUUUCUUGUGAUGUAGAAAAAGAUGCCAGUCAUUCCACUCAAAUUACAUGCUACACUAGAGCAAUGCCAGAAGAUUCCUACACUGUUCAAGUCAGUGUGGACGGGGUUCCCGUUACAGAGAAUAACACCUGCAGAGGCCUCAUCCACAGCCGAGCGUGCAGCUUCUACGCAAAAAGUUUCAGAACUCCAACAAUAAGGAGCAUCACACCUUUAUCUGGGACACCAGGUGCACUAAUAACAAUCCAAGGCAGAAUCUUCACUGAUGUCUAUGGAAGUAAUACUGCACUAAGCUCAAAUGGGAAAAAUGUUAGGAUUUUGAGAGUGUAUAUUGGAGGAAUGCCCUGUGAGCUUCUUAUACCACAGUCUGAUGAUUUGUAUGGUUUAAAACUAGAUCAUCCAAGUGGAGACAUGGGUUCUAUGAUUUGUAAGACGACUGGAACUUACAUUGGUCAUCACAAUGUCAGUUUCAUCUUGGAUAGUGAUUAUGGAAGGAGUUUCCCAGAAAAAAUGGCGUAUUUUGUUUCCUCUCUGAAUAAAAUUUCAAUGUUUCAAACAUAUGCAGAGAUCACGAUGAUUUCACCUUCACAAGGAAGCAUUCAAGGUGGCACCACGCUAACCAUAAGUGGACGGUUCUUUGAUCAAACAGAUUUCCCUGUCAGAGUUCUAGUUGGAGGUCAAGCCUGUGAUGUUUUGAAUGUCACAGAAAAUAUUAUAUAUUGCAAGACAUCCCCUAAGCCUGAUAUUCUCAGAACUGUACAUCCAGGCGGGAGAGGUCUUAAGCUUGAGGUGUGGAAUAAUAGUCGGCCAGUGCAUCUUGAAGAUAUACUUGAGUACAAUGAAAAGACGCCAGGCUACCUGGGUGCCGGUUGGGUAGAUUCAGCUUCCUAUGUUUGGCCCAUGGAGCAAGACAUGUUUGCAGCACGCUUCAGUGGGUUUUUGGUGGCUCCGGACUCUGAUGUUUAUAGAUUCUACAUCAAAGGUGAUGACCGCUAUGCAAUUUAUUUCAGCCAGACUGGACUUCCAGAAGAUAAGAUAAGGAUUGCAUAUCAUUCUUCCAAUGCCAACAACUAUUUUUCCAGUCCAACACAAAGAUCCGAUGACAUUCAUCUUCAGAAAGGAAAAGAAUAUUACUUUGAAAUCUUGCUUCAGGAGUAUAGACUGAGUGCUUUUGUUGAUGUUGGACUGUACCAGUAUGGAAAUGUCUACACUGAACAACAAACAGAAGAUGCAGUGAACGAAGAACAAGUUAUUCAAUCCCAGUCAGAAAUUGUCCAGGAAGUUCAGGUUAUAACAUUGGAAAACUGGGAAACAACUAAUGCUAUCAAGGAAGUUCAGAGGAUCAUGGUAACCAGCCCAUGUAUAGAAGUCAAUUCCUGCUCCCUUUACCAAUAUAGAUUAACUUACAACAUGGAAAAAACAGCCUUGCUACCUGCGGAUGCUUCUGACUUCAUACUACAAUCAGCCCUAAAUGACCUGUGGUCUUUAAAACCGGAUACAGUUCAAGUAAUAAGAACACAACAUUCCCAAAGUUACGUUUACAUGGUAACCUUUAUAUCACCCAGAGGAGACUUUGAUCUGCUCGGUUAUGAAGUAUUUGAAGGAUAUAAUGUCACCCUGGAUAUUACAGAACAAACCAAAGGAAAACCCAGUUUGGACACUUUCACACUGAAUUGGGAUGGAAUCUCUUCUAAGCCUCUUACCCCAUGGUCAGCAGAAGCUGAAUUCCAGGCAGCAGUGGAAGAGAUGGUUAGCGCCAAGUGUCCACCGCAAAUUGCAGAUUUUGAAGAAGGAUUUGUCGUGAAAUACUUCAGAGAUUACGAAACUGACUUUAACAUGGAUCAUAUUAAUAGAGGGCAGAAGACAGCUGAAACUGAUGCUUACUGUGGUCGUUAUUCCCUGAAAAACCCAGCUGUUCUCUUUGACUCAGCAGAUGUUAAACCAAACAGACGACCAUAUGGAGACAUUUCAUUAUUUCCUUAUAAUCAGUUAUGUUUAGCAUACAAAGGAUUCCUGGCAAAUUAUAUUGGUCUAAAAUUUCAAUACCAAGACAAAAGCAAGGUUACUAGAAGCACUGAAAUACAAUUUACAUAUAGUUUUGCUUAUGGAAACAACUGGACAUACACUUGCAUAGACCUUCUGGACCUCAUACAAACCAGAUACACUGGGACUAAUUUUGCUCUUCAGAGGAUUAGUGUACAGGAAGCAUCAAAAUCACAGUCCUUUUAUGUGGAUACAGUGUACAUUGGACAGACACCUACAAUUUCACUAUGGGAUGAAAUGCCAAAGAGAAGACUCCCGGCAUUAGCGAACAAAGGGAUAUUUCUAAAGCACUUCCAGGUGGAUCAGAUCAAAAGUAACGGGUCAAGUAUGAUGAGCCAAUAUUCUGUCACCAUGACUUCAUAUAACUGCAGUUAUAAUAUACCCAUGAUGGCUGUGAGCUUUGGGCAGAUAAUCACCAACGAGACAGAGAAUGAGUCUGUUUACAGAGGAAACAAUUGGCCAGGGGAGUCAAGGAUCCGCAUUCAAAGGACUCAGGCAGCAUCUGCACCUCUCAGAGGCAGCUUUGACCUUCAAGCUUAUGGACAUAUUCUCAAAGGCCUCCCCGCUGCGGUGUCGGCGGCAGAUCUGCAGUUCGCUCUCCAGAGCCUGGAAGGAGCGGGACGGGUCUCCGUGACGCGAGAGGGAACCUGUGCCGGAUACUCAUGGAACAUCAAGUGGAGAAGCGCAUGUGGGAAGCAGGAGCUGCUCCAGGUUAAUGAUUCCAACAUUAUUGGAGAAAAGGCUAAUAUGACAGUUACGAAGGUAAAGGAAGGUGGUUUAUUCAGACAACACAUACUUGGAGACCUACUCCGUACACCCAACCAACAACCACAGGUUGAAGUCUAUGUUAAUGGAAUUCCUGCUAAAUGUUCAGGUGACUGUGGGUUUACAUGGGAUCACAUGACUACUCCCAUAAUUCGGACCAUAAGCCCUUCCAAAGGGUCCUCUGAAGAAGGAACAAUUCUAACCAUAUCAGGUUCCGGGUUCUCUCCUAGUUCAGCUGUUUCGGUCUCAGUUGGACAGAUAGGUUGCUCCCUUCUUUCUGUGAAUGAAAACGAGAUCCAGUGCCAGCUCCUGAAUGGAAGUGCUGGACACUUCCCGGUUGCUGUGUCCAUAGCUGACGUCGGACUAGCAGGGAACGCGGAGGACGAGGUAUUCCACUUCACGUAUCAGAGUCAGAUCUCAGACAUCUGGCCUAUUUCUGGAAGCUUAGCAGGUGGUAAUCUUCUGACUCUAUCUGGAACUGGCUUUAAUGAAAAUUCAAAGGUAUUAGUUGGAAAUGAAAUCUGCAAUGUGAUUGAUGGGGACUUGAACAAGAUAACCUGCAGAACCCCAAAAAGAAUUGAGGGUACAGUUAAUGUUUCAGUUAUUACCCAUGGAUUUCAAGCCACAAAAAAGGAUGCAUAUAGUUACAAUUGUUUACAGACUCCAGUAAUGACUGAUUUUAGCCCAAAAGUACGGACAAUAUUAGGAGAAGCAAAUUUAACAAUUAAAGGUUAUAACUUUGGAAAUGACCCCACACAAAGCGUGGAGGUGUAUGUGGGAGGAAAACCCUGCCAGAUUCUGCACUGGAACUUCAGCGAUAUCAGAUGCCUUUUGCCCACGUUGUCUCCUGGGAAACAUGAUAUCCACGUAGAAGUCAGAACCUGGGGGUUUGCUUCCACAAGAGACAAGUUAAAUGCUUCUAUACAGUACAUUUUAGAAGUGAACAAUAUAUUUCCACAGAGAGGCUCCUUAUAUGGGGGAACUGAAAUCACUAUCAUGGGCUUGGGGUUUAGCACAAUACCCACAGAGAACACCGUGCUCUUAGGGUCCUUCCCUUGCAGGGUGACAUCAUCAUCGUCAGAUGUCAUCAAAUGUACUCUUCCUUCAACAGGGAAUGUAUUCAGGAUUACCAAUGAUGGGGAAGAUUCAGUACAUGGGUUAGGUUAUGCCUGGUCACCAUCGGUCUUAAAUGUAUCUGUGGGCGACACUGUGACAUGGCAUUGGCAAGCACAUCCAUUUCUUAGGGGAAUAGGAUACAGAGUUUUCUCUGUCUCCAGUCCCGGAAGUGUAACUUAUGAUGGCAAAGGAUUUAUGAAUGGAAGAGAAAAAUCAGCAUUAGCAGCGGGUAUGUUGAUGAGGCCCACUCCAUUGUCCUCCAAGGAGUCAUUAACGUUCUUCCAGCUGAGACCAGGCUCAUUCCCCUGCACCUGUCUGUGGGCAGCACCGAAGCCACAUACACUCAGGGAGAACCUGUGA